AUGUACAACAGUUAUCGGAAUGCGACGAGCGAGAUCAAGGAGCGAAUACUCUCCAUGAAAAUGACCUGGCUGAAAAUAGAGACGCAACUCAAGUACCUUCAAGAGAUCGAGACGAUACAGACUGAGCAGCACAAAGCGUUGCAAAGAGAGACACUCGGUGUGCUGCAGGUUAAGCUGCAGGCGGCAAUGGACCAAUUACAGAAGCUUGGAAAGAAGCGAGACGGAGACACCAUCAACGAAGCCAGCGAGGGUAAAGUACAAGAAAAGCAGUACAAGCAGUGGAAGUACCCCCUGAUCAAGAAGAGUCUGGACGCCGCAAUAAGCGAAUUACAGGCGUGGCAGCAGACGUUUGACCCGACUUGGUUUCUAACCCUCAGAAUGUCAAACCCAGAGAUUGACACCAAUUUGAAGGAGUUCAAGGAGGAAUCCCUCAAAACCGGUGGCGCCGAAACUCACGAUAAACGCAAGAUUAUGUCAACAGCGAAGAACGUCCGUGACUGCCUCAGAAUGGACCCCCAAAGCGGGCCUACCAUGUUCUUCCGAACGGAAGAAACGGUUGACUGGGUCUAUACAGCAAUCCCAUAUUCCACGGCAUCUAUCUGUGAGCGUAGCUCCAAAAGCCAGCUUAUCGCAGACUCCGUACCUGCCACACCAGACAUUGGCCUCAACAUCCAGAGCAGAGACGUGCGCGAUCUCGCCCGCAAACUUGCAAACGCAGAUCCGAUAAGUUUCGGCUUGCUCAAAUGCCGCGGUGUUGCUCGAGUAUACAGGGAGAUUAAUGGCCCUUUGAAAGCCUUCGAUUUCCAUUUCCACAUACCAUCCUCCCUACACUCACCGCAGAGUCUGCGCAACAUCUUGAUCGAAUCGAAGCCAAGCAUGAGUCUCAGCGUACGCUUCCGCCUCGCACAGCAGCUAGCGCGGUCUUUAAGCUACGUCCACAUGUACGAGUUCGUCCACAAAGGCAUUCGCCCCGAAACAGUCCUCAUCUUCGACAGCGGCAAGACGGAGCUCGCACACUCCUUUUUGCUUGGCUUCGAGAAGUUUCGCGCAGAUGCAGGUCGCACGUUAAAGACUAGCGACUCCGUUUGGGAGAGAGAUCUGUAUCGUCACCCAGAACGGCAAGGAGAGAAACCAGAGGAAGCAUACAAGAUGCAGCACGACAUCUACAGCCUGGGAGUCUGUCUCCUGGAGAUAGGCAUGUGGCGCACACUCGUCACGUACAGCAGUGUGAAAGGAGAGCCCACCCCGUCGCAACUCCUGCCGCCACCGGAUUACUCCGAGAAGGACGAAGUGGGCAAGGCCAAGUCGCUCAAGCAUACGCUCAUCGAGAUUGCGCAGCGUGAACUACCCAGUUGUAUGGGCGAUAAGUAUACGGGUAUCGUCAUAUCAUGCCUGACAUGCCUGGACACAACCAAUCCCGAUUUCAGCGACGAGAAUGACUUCAAAGACGAGGAUGACGUUAUCGUUGGGGUGCGCUACAUUCAAAAGAUCUUGCUUGGACUGAGUAACAUCUCCGUCUAG